UCUGGCAGGUGAAUUCGUCGAAUUGAAUGGUCGGAAGAUGAUAAUCAAACGGCCUUUGAAAUUCGAAAUGCCUAAUCUCAAACGUUGCAAGCUCGAAGAGCCCGACGGCGAAGCGGAUUACGCGUAUUCGGCGAAUGCGAAGAAGCCGCGAGCCAAUGGGCUCUACUCGCUCUGUAAUGGAGACGUAGAAGGUCUCACCGGUGGUUCAGGUUCUUGGUUCAGCGAAGACUCGCAUUGGAAUGGCGAGGUCGAAUCGAAUUUGAAACGCCGAGAAGGUUUCGGAAAAUCGUCGCGAGGACGCAUUCGGAUGCUUCCGUCGAAGUUCAGCAAUUCGGUUCUCAACUACUGGAAGAAGGAGUCGAAAUCCGAAGAAACGGAUACGAGCUUCGACGAAGAGGAUAAUAAUGUCAAAAUCUUCGCUGAAGAAAGUAAAAGGAAAAUUGAUGAAUUGGGAUUCGUAAGAAAUCAGAAGAAGGAAAAGUACGGGAUGAAGAACUCGAAUGAUUGUAUAGGAUUCGACAAUUUUGAAUGUUCUGGGUUCGGCUUGUUAGGUGUGGAGACGCUUGGAAAAGCCAACGUUGGGAAGAGGAGGGAAAUCUAUAAGCCUGAGGACUUUACUUUGGGUGAUAUAGUUUGGGCCAAGUGUGGAAGGAGUUUCCCGGCAUGGCCAGCUGUGGUAAUCGAUCCAUUGUUAGAAGCUCCUGAACCGGUUCUGAGGUGUUGUGUUCCUGGUGCUAUAUGCGUCAUGUUUUAUGGCUUCUCAAAGAGGGGCAAACAAAGGGACUAUGGAUGGGUGAAACAGGGGAUGAUUUUUCCCUUUCUUGAAUUCAUGGACAGAUUUCGUGGGCAGACCCGGUUGUACAAGAGCAAACCAAGUGAGUUUCAGAUGGCUAUAGAGGAGGCGUUGUUAGCGGAAAAUGAUAUCCUGAAUAAGAGCUUUGGGACUGGCGAAAUAAGUAACGAAGAAGCAUAUCCCUAUGAAACUCAAGAGCCCACCACUUCAAAUCAAGGACAAGAGUAUUACACCCAGAGCCAGGAAGCAUACCAUAAUGACACUAAACAUUGUGAUGGAUGUGGUUUGAGUCUGCCUUGUAAAGUCAUGAAGAAUGUGAAGGGUUCAAAUAGUAAAACCCACCAUUUAUGCAAACAUUGUGUUAAGCUAAAAAAGUCGAAACAAUAUUGUGGCAUAUGUAAGAAGAUAUGGCACCACUGGGAUGGUGGUAACUGGGUAUGUUGUGAUGGGUGUAAUGUUUGGGUGCACGCCGAGUGUGACAAAAUUUCCGGCAAACUUCUCAAGGACCUGGAGAAUGUUGAUUAUUAUUGCCCUGAUUGCAAAGCAAAAUCCAAUUGUGAAUCAUCAGAUUUGGAGAAAUAUCAGCUCAAAUGCAAUUCUAAUGGAAGCAAAAAACAGACUUCGACGACCGAGAAUAUAGCUGUGAUAUGUAAUGGCAUGGAAGGGACAUACAUUCCAAAACUUCAUUUGGUCAUGUGCAAGUGUGGUUCAUGUGGGGCGAAAAAGCAAACACUUAGUGAGUGGGAACGACACACUGGUUGUAGAGCUAAAAAGUGGAAGUAUAGUGUGAGAGUGAAGAGCACAAUGCUACCGCUGGAAAAAUGGAUUGAAGAGAAUAGUGUGCCCAGUGCAUACCCUUUUGAGUUAGACAAACAACAAUUACUCACUUUUUUAGAAGAGAAGUAUGAGCCUGUUAUAGGAAAAUGGACAACAGAAAGAUGUGCUGUUUGUAGAUGGGUUGAAGAUUGGGAUGAUAACAAAAUUAUUAUUUGCAACAGAUGUCAGAUAGCCGUCCACCAAGAGUGCUAUGGAGCAAAAGAUGUGCAGGACUUUACUUCGUGGGUUUGUAGAGCAUGUGAAACACCUGAUGUCAGUAGAGAAUGUUGCCUUUGUCCUGUCAAAGGGGGUGCUCUGAAGCCUACUGAUGUAGAGGCACUGUGGGUUCAUGUCACUUGUGCUUGGUUUCGACCUGAAGUUGGUUUCUUGAAUCACGAGAAGAUGGAACCAGCUAUCGGAGUUCUUAGAAUUCCAACAACUUCGUUUUUGAAGAGAUGUGUAAUAUGUAAGCAGAGUCAUGGUUCCUGUACACAGUGUUGCAAAUGUGCUACUUAUUUCCAUGCGACCUGUGCUUCGAGAGCAGGAUAUAGCAUGGAGUUGCACUGCUUCGAGAAGAAUGGGAAACAAAGAACAAGAAAGUUGAUAUACUGUGCAGUUCACAGGACCCCAAACCUAGAUGCUGUAGUAGUUGUUCAUACUCCUUCUGGGGUUUUUGCUGCUAGAAGCUUGCUUCAGAACCAGAAGGGAUGCUUCAAGGGUUCAAGGCUGGUUGCAUCAAAGAGAAUAGAGGUUCAAGAAUCAUCAACCUUAGAGACUAAUGAGUUUGAACCAGACUCUGCCGCAAGAUGUCGCAUCUUUAAAAGAUCCAGCCAUAAGGUAUAUAUGAAGAAUACUGAACGGCAGCCAAUAUCCCACCGGCCAAUGGGGCCAGCACAUCAUUCUUUAGAUGCAGUAAAUAACCUGAACAAAGUAAAAGAAGUAGAAGAUACAAUAAUUUUUUCUUCAUUCAAAGAUCGGCUUAAACACUUACAGAAAACUGAGAAUCAUCGGAUUUGUUUCGGUAAAUCGCAAAUACAUGGAUGGGGCCUAUUUGCACGCAGGAAUAUCCAAGAGGGAGAAAUGGUUUUUGAAUAUCGUGGUGAGCAGGUGAGGCGCAGUGUUGCGGAUCUGAGGGAAGCACAAUAUCGAUCACAAGGCAAAGAUUGCUAUCUCUUCAAGAUCAGUGAAGAAGUAGUAAUCGACGCCACAGAUAAAGGGAAUAUUGCACGUCUAAUUAACCAUUCGUGCUUGCCCAACUGCUAUGCGAGAAUCAUGAGUGUUGGCAAUAGUGAAAGCCGGAUAGUUCUCAUUGCCAAAUCUAAGGUUUCUGCUGGUGAAGAACUAACGUACGAUUACUUGUUUGAUCCUGACGAGCAUGAUGAGCUCAAAGUCCCCUGUCUAUGCAAUGCUCCGAACUGUAGAAAGUUCAUGAAUUAGUUUAUACUUUUUCACUCCCAUUUUUACUCCCCCGACCGAGUUCUGAUUUCUGACCCAUUUCUUAGCCAGGAAUUACCUUUUGUCCACACUUUCAGCUUGUAACUUUUUUUUUAGUCCCCUCUAAUUUCUUCUCACCCCCAUUUAUAAUGUAACACAUUCAAUUCAUAUAAAUGUAAAUUCUCCAGCUAUUUGGCUGGUACUUCUU